AUGGAUGGUGUCAAAUGCUACAUGAAAAAGGACCAGAAAGAGAAGUUUGGUGAAAGGAUUGUAAUACUGCAGCAGCUUGUUUCACCAUAUGGAAAGACGGACACUGCAUCAGUGCUUUUGGAGGCAAUGCAAUACAUCCAUUUCCUCCACGAACAAGUUAACGUGUUGAGUGCUCCAUAUCUCCAAGCUACACCGCCAACUUAUACCCAGGGUUUGGAUGAAUACAGCCUGAGAAGCAGAGGACUGUGCCUUGUUCCAGUGUCUUCCACAGCUGGAGUGGCUAGUAGCAAUGGAGCAGAUCUUUGGGCUCCAAUCAAGCCCAACCCACAACUGCACUGACUCAUUCUCGGCCCAUAAGCUCCAGUCCAAGUUUCAUCGCCCAUCCAAGUUCAUACAAACAGAGAAGAGUGAGAUGCCCUUUUGUAAGAGAGUAAAUUUUGUACAAGGAAAGGUGCAAUUUUGAUGGGGGCAGAGCAGAAACAGUGUAGCUUUGAUAAAAAGGAAUAGGGAAGGGUGAUAUUUUAGUUCAUAUCUUGAGGGCAGUGGAGUACAGUAAAGCCAUCAUUUAUAAUAGCUUUACGUGCAAGGUUUGUCUGAAUUGAGCGUGUACAGGUUGCUCUCGCCUAAAUCCUAAUCAAUGAGAUGUGAAGAUAUAUGGAAAGGGUAAAUGACACAUUUGGUCACUGAGAUUAUUAAA